AUGUCGCGCCCUGAGGAUACCCUCGCGGCCGACAUCCACUACGAUGACACCGAAGCGCGCAAAUACACCACGAGCUCUCGUAUCCAAAACAUUCAAGCCUCGAUGACCCGUCGUGCGCUCGAACUUCUCGACCUCAAGGGCCCCUCCCUCAUCCUCGACGUCGGCUGUGGCAGCGGUCUUUCUGGCGAGAUCCUCUCCGCUGAGGGCGAGGAGGACGGCGGCCCGCACACCUGGAUUGGCAUGGACAUCUCACCCUCCAUGCUCGAUAUUGCGCUGCAGAGGGACGUUGAGGGUGACCUGCUGCUGGCAGAUAUCGGCCAGGGCGUUCCCUUCCGCGCCGGUUCCUUCGACGCAGCCAUUAGCAUCUCCGCGAUCCAGUGGCUCUGCAACGCCGAGAGCAGCGACACAUCCCCCGAGGGCCGCCUCACCCGCUUCUUCAACGGCCUGUAUGCGUCAUUACGUCGUGGAGGAAGAGCCGUGUGCCAGUUCUACCCCAAGAAUGACACACAGCGCAACAUGAUUACCCAGGCGGCGGUGAAGGCUGGCUUCGGCGCCGGUCUGCUCGAGGACGACCCGGAGACGAAAAAUGUCAAGUUGUACCUAGUCCUGACGGUUGGAGGCACGGCCGAAGGCGGCAAGGGAGGCGACAUCACCAACGUCGUCAACGGCAUGGAGGGUGUUGACGUCGAGGACGCGAGGCGGAAGGCAAGCGACCAGAGCGGCAAGGGAGAAAUCAAGAAGGGCAGCAAGGCAUGGAUCGUCAAGAAGAAGGAACAGAUGGAGAGGAAGGGAAAGAUCGUCAAGGCUACGUCAAAGUACACUGGUCGCAAGCGCAAUAUCCGGUUCUGA